CGGUAAUAUACGUAGGAUAUAGAAUUCCAUCUAUGAUAUACAGUACUACGUAGAUUGGAAAACCCUGGGGGCUAGUGACAAUAGAGCAAAGAUCUGUGACUGACGCUCGCCUGGACACUUCAUCACCGAACAUGGUGGCAAAGUGUUGUGCUCUUCUCUCGGCGACCCUGGUUCUAUUUCUAUGCAUACCAACACGCACCGCUGCCGAUACAAUACAAGGCUGCGGCGGAUUUGUUGAGGCAAGUCGGGCACUGAUCAAGUCGAGGAAGCAGUCUGAUGCGAAGUUGGACUAUUCGCAUAUCUCGGUUGAGCUUAGGACAUUGGAUGGCUUAGUGAAAGAUAGAACGCAAUGUGCUCCGAAUGGUUAUUACUUUAUACCCGUAUAUGACAAGGGUUCUUUCAUUGUCAAAGCAAGGGGACCAGAGGGAUGGUCGUGGGACCCAGAACAGGUCCGUGUUCUUGUUGAUCACACUGGUUGCAAUGCCAAUGAAGAUGUCAAUUUUCGGUUCACUGGGUUUACCGUGUCAGGGAGAAUUGUGGGAGCUGUGGGUGGGGAUAGUUGUACACAGAAGUAUGGAGGUCCUCCUGAUGUGAAAGUUGAGCUUUUGUCUCUCGGAGAUGAUGUUGUUUCGUCAAUAUUAACUACUUCUCUGGGAACAUAUUCCUUCACAAAUGUUGUUCCUGGGAAGUACAAAUUGCGAGCAUCCCGACAUGACUUGAACAUUCAAGUCAGAGGUGUGGCUGAGGUUGAAUUAAGUUUUGAGAAUAUCAUAGUGGAUGACUUUUUCUUUGUCCCUGGCUAUGAUAUUCGUGGAUCUGUUGUAGCUCAGGGAAAUCCUAUAUUAGGAGUCCAUAUUUACCUACAUUCGGAUGAUAUCUCAAUGGUUGAUUGCCAUGAUGAUCUUGGUAAUAUACCUGCUAAUCCUGCACAAGGGGCAGCCCUGUGUCAUUCUGCGACAGACGCUGAUGGAGUUUUUACAUUUAAAUCAGUUCCUUGUGGGUCUUACAAGCUUAUACCGUUCUACAAAGGUGAAAACACCAUUUUUGACGUUUCACCAUCUUCUGUGGUAGUCAGUGUAAUGCAUGAUCACACAACAGUCCCCCAAAAGUUUCAGGUCACUGGAUUUUCUGUUGGUGGUCGUGUAGUUGAUGCGAACGGUGAGGGAGUGGAUGGUGUUAAAAUUAUAGUUGAUGGUCAGGAAAGAUCAGUAACUGACAAUGAAGGAUAUUACAAGCUUGAUCAGGUUACAUCAAAACGCUACAAUUUGGAGGCGAAGAAGGAGCAUUACAAAUUUAACAGGCUGAAUGACUUUUUGGUUUUUACCAAAUAUGGCUUCAGUUGCUGAGAUCAAUGCCUUGUCGUAUGAUGUAUGUGGAAAUGUCCAUACAUUUAACAGAGACUAUACAGCCAAGGUAACUCUUACUCAUGGACCAGAAAACAUGACACCUCAAGUGAAAAAGACAGAUGACAGUGGAAAGUUUUGUUCUGAGGUCCCACCUGGUGAGUACCGUUUAUCUGCAAUUGCAGCAAGCCCUGAGAAUUUUCCAGAUCUUUUAUUUUCCCCUCCUCAUGUUGAUAUUUCAGUCAGAAAGCCAUUGUUAGACAUUGUAUUUAAUCAGGUGCAAGUAAAUAUAGUUGGGUCUGUUGUAUGCAAAGAGAGGUGUGGUUCUUCUAUUUCUCUUGCUCUCGUGCAUCUGGAUGGAAAACGCAAGGAUGAUAGGAAAAUAACUCAUUUGACAAAUGAGAGCAAUGAAUUCGUGUUCUCAAAAGUCCUUCCUGGUAAAUAUAGGGUUGAGGUCAGGAACUCUUUAGGAGCACUUUCUGGGGAAGAUAGAUGGUGUUGGGAUGAAAGUUUUACCAAUAUCAAUGUUGGGACCAAUGAUGUUACAGGACUAUCAUUUGUGCAGAAAGGGUAUUGGGUUAACAUACAUUCUAGUCAUGAAGUAGAUGCUGUACUUGCGGCAAAAGACGGGUCUCUUGUGAAAUUUGAAAUAAAGAAGGGAUCUCAGCACCUAUGUGUGGAAUCUCCAGGAGUGCAUGAACUGAACUUUCAUAAAUCAUGUAUUUCCUUUGGUAGCUCCCCUUUGAGAAUUGAUACAUCUGAUCCAUCGCCAAUCUCUUUGAAAGGAGAAAAAUAUCUUCUGAAGGGCCAACUUCAUGUAGACCCAAGUUCGCUUAGUGGUUCACAAUAUUUGCCUCAGAACAUACAAGUUGACGUAUUAGACGCUGAAGGUUCUGUUGUUGGUCAUAUUGCUGCAACUCCUAGCCAUAAUGAUAUUGAUCAAUCCAAUAGCGUUGUUUAUGAUUAUUCAACAUGGGCAAUGCCCGGAGAUAAAUUUAUUUUUGUCCCCCAAGACUCUAGGGGUGAUGGGGAAAAAAGGAUGCUGUUCUAUCCCAGACAACAGCAUGUCUCUAUAAUUCAAGAUGAUUGCCCUCCAGUGAUUUCCCCAUUCUAUGGUCGCAUAGGUUUAUAUAUUGAAGGAUCAGUCUCACCCCCCCUCUCUGACAUUAACAUCAAAAUAAUUGCCGCGAGUGAAAGCCACAAUGCUCCUCUCAAGCAUGGUGAUGUAGCAGCUGAAGCUACUACAGGGGCAGAUGGAUUUUAUAUUGCAGGACCCUUAUAUGAUGAUAUUGAUUACAAUGUAGAGGCUUCAAAGUCUGGUUAUCACGUAAAGCAUGUGGGACCUCAUUCAUUUUUUUGUCAGAAGCUUGGUCAAAUAUUUGUACGCAUAUAUUCGAAGGAAGAUACUAGAGAGCCUUUUCCAUCAGCUCUCUUGUCAUUGAGUGGUGAAGAUGGUUAUAGGAACAAUUCUGUAACUGGUGUUGGGGGAACUUUUAUUUUUGACAACUUAUUUCCAGGGAGUUUUUAUCUCCGGCCUCUGCUCAAGGAAUAUGCUUUCUCACCUGCAGCACAGGCGAUUGAACUUGGUUCUGGUGAAUCUAGAGAGAUAAUCUUUCAUGCCACUCGAGUUGCAUACAGUGCCAUGGGAGUUGUCACUGUCUUGUCUGGUCAGCCGAAAAAGGGUGUUUCAAUAGAAGCUCGAUCGGAAACAGAAGGCUUUUAUGAGGAAACACUGACUGACUCAACAGGAAAUUACCGCUUAAGGGGGCUUUUGCCUGAUACUACUUAUGAAAUUAGAAUUUCAAGGAAAGUUGAAUAUGGUAACCAUCUGAUUGAGCGUGCAUCUCCAGAAUCUGUGACCAUUAAGGUCGGGUCAGAGGAUUUUAGGGGGUUAGAUUUUGUUGUAUUUGAAGAGCCAGAAAUGACAAUUUUAAGCUGCCAUGUUGAGGGGCAGAGAAUGAAAGAACUUUACUCACAUAUUCAGGUGGAAGUGAAGUCGGCUACUGACCCAAUGAAAAUUGAAUCUGUCUUCCCACUACCUCUUUCAAACUUUUUCUCUGUGAAAGACUUGCCCAAAGGCAAGCACCUUCUGCAACUCCGAUCUACUAUGCUAUCAGGAACCCAUAGAUUUGAAUCAGAAAUUAUUGAGGUUGAUUUAGAGAAAAGUAGCCAAAUUCAUGUGGGCCCGCUUAGAUACAGAAUUGAGGAGGAUUACCAAAAACAGGAGUUGACUCCGGUUCAUGCUUAUCCUCUCAUUGUUGGAGUCGCGGUGAUUAUACUUUUCAUUAGCAUGCCAAGAUUGAAGGAUUUAUACCAAGCCAUCCUUGAGAUGGUAAUGUCUGGAUCAGGGUCUGGUAGCCUAAGAAGAGAAGCCAAAAAGCCAUCCGCCAGGAAAAAGACUUACUGAUAGAGAUGCUCCAAAGGCGUGCUGUAUCCCAUGUCUUGAUUGAUGCCCUUGUGUGUACUCUGAUCUUAGCUAGGCACUUAGAAUUGAGCAGGUGAUUAAGAAAGUCUACUUUGUUUGGAUCUAGCUUAUUACCGGAAGAGGAUAUUCUGUUAGUUGUAAGUUCUGAUACGCUACUCCAUGUAGCAUUUUUGGCAUUGGAGUUUGUUUUAAUUUAUAAGGCUGUUACUCCCUCCGUCCCGAAAACAACAUCCCGGUUUGACUUUCACACACUUUUAGGUAGAUUAUUUUUUGCCUUUGACUUUCCAAAAUUAGCCUUAAGGGCUGCGGCCAGAGCAAAUAAAAG